GGAGGAGGAGGAGGAGGUGAUGGAAGCCAUGGAGGUCAUAUGGGGAUGGCCAUGUCCUUCUACCUGGGCUACAACAACGUGGAGCUGCUGUUCACUGGUUGGCUCAUCAACUCACCUGGAGAGAUGGUCGGGGCCUGUGUCGGUGUCUUCCUAUUGGCUGUUUUAUAUGAAGGACUGAAGAUGGGGCGCGAGGCGCUGCUGCGCCGCAGUCAG